GGCACAAGCAGCUGUAAACGUAAAGAGUGAAUAUGGGUGAAAAGAAGCCAGAACCUUUGGACUUUGUAAAAGAUUUUCAGGAAUAUCUUACACAGCAGACUCACCAUGUAAAUAUGAUUUCUGGAUCGGUUAGUGGGGACAAGGAAGCAGAGACUCUUCAGGGAGCUGGGACAGAAGGUGAUCAGAAUGGUCUGGAUCAUCCUUCUGUUGAAGUUUCACUGGAUGAAAACUCAGGAAUGUUAGUGGAUGGGUUUGAAAGGACAUUUGAUGGGAAGUUAAAGUGUCGAUACUGCAACUAUGCCAGCAAAGGAACAGCAAGGCUCAUAGAGCACAUCAGAAUUCAUACAG